AUGGAAACAGAUACUUCCGAAACCUCCACCUCGCCCAACAACCCAGCCUUCCUUCAUUUCAAUACACUCAACCUCCACAAACGCACCUAUCCGUCUCAAAUUCAACCCCUGCACAUCAGAACCCCAAACGCCCCAUCUCUCCUAGUGUCUCCCACCCUCUUUCGUUCAUCCAUAGAGCAACAGCAGUCCUCGGACGGCGUGUAG